AAGUAUUCAUAUAUGAUACCUAUCUUUUGAGGCUGUAGAUGGUCUACCUGUAGGUACAGUAAAUGAAUGCCCGAGAGAGCCGAGCCUUUUUGUUUGCUUCGCCAUGCGGGCUCGAACCCCACCAACCAUGUGUUUACCACCUGCACUUGUUUUAUCCAGGUAACAAAAUCCCAAGAACUUACCGACACCACUACAGUUCCCUCUGUUCAGCGUUCCCAAGUACUAGUAGCCGUACAGCUGUCAGGCUCAGACCAUCCUUGCCAAUUUCACCUUGCGUCAUUUAUCCCAACGACCCUCGUGUCCGCAGCGUCCGAUUUUGGGCGUCUCGUACCCUCCUCUGCUUCUCGUGUUUUGCCUAGGUACUUCCCUUCCUCUAAACCCCCUCUUUGAGGUCGCCCCUCUUCCUGCUAUACAAGCGCCCACCACCCACCACCCACACGGCCCUACAGCCUCGCCAUUUUUACCAUUGCCUUCAGAGUACUGCAUACCUACCUAACGCACUUAGGAAGAUAGAGGACAGAGCACAAGCGGCGAAAAUGGUUAGCUUGGGUCAUUCCCAUCGCCGGGCUUCCGCUGCAAGUGAGUCAAUGCCACCCUCAUAUAUCAUUCUUCAACACCACCACCCCGCGCAAAGCCACAUAAAUGAUAUUACGGAUGAUCAGUUGCUGAUGAACCUUUCCUCUUAGGCAACCGAUCCAACCGAUCCUCAGUGGAUGAGCUACGAUUAAAUAGCGGCGCAGAGGACGAAGUUGUAGAACAGGAUCAAGGCAAUGGUGAGAGCCGCUACAGGCACAAAGAUGGGAAGAAGCAAAAUGGCUAAUAGGAGUGCAGUUCUCUCACAUAUCAUCGGGCAGUUGCGGCCUGGUGCGGAUCUCAGCCGAGUGGUUCUACCGACCUUCAUAUUGGAACCUAGGAGCAUGUUGGAAAGAAUCACAAAGUGGGUGAAUAUCUUUGGAUGGUUGGGAGAAACAGUAUUCAGUGGGCAAAUCGCUGACGCACCAUAGCUUUAUGGCACAUCCAGAGACACUUUUGCUCAUGCCGCAGAUUGAGGAUCCGGUCGAGAGAUUUGUGUCCGUGGUCAAAUUCUAUCUGAGUGGAUGGCAUAUUAAGCCACCGUGAGGGCCCAUCCCUCUGUGGCAGCCUGGGAAAUAGCUAACUGGCUUAUAUAGAGGGGUGAAGAAGCCAUUAAAUCCCAUCUUGGGAGAAACAUACACCUGUUACUGGAACUUUGCAGAUGGCAACAAAGGCUACUAUAUCUCGGAACAAACCUCACAUCACCCUCCCAAAUCGAGCUACUUCUACAUGGCCCCUCAACACCAUAUUCGAAUCGAUGGUUGCCUUAAGCCGCGAAGUAAAUUUCUGGGAAAUUCGGCAGCUAGUUUGAUGGAAGGUCUCGCGAUCCUGCGAUUUUUGAACCGAGGCCAUGGACCAAAGGGAGAGAGCUAUCAUAUUUCUCAACCAAAUAUGUAUGCUCGCGGCAUACUGUUCGGGAAGAUGAAAUAUGAGCUUGGUGACCACAGUUUUGUGCGAUGCCCUGAGCUGGGGUUGUCGGCAGAUGUGGAAUUUAAAACCAAAGGUUAUUUCGGCGGGACCUAUAAUGCUAUUGGAGGAACAAUAAAGAAUGAUCAUACCGGGGAAGUACUCUAUGAACUUUCUGGGAUGUGGACAGGUGAGAUGUUCAUCAAGGAUAUGAAGGUAUGGAAUGAUGCUCAAAGUCUCAUUCAUGCUGUGCUGACUGUAUUACCAGACCGGCAAAAAGGACUUACUGUUUGACGCCACGAAGUCGAGACACACACCACCAUUGACCAGACCACUAGAGGAACAAGAGGAACGGGAGUCACAAAAUCUCUGGUAUAAGACAGCACAGGCGGUCAAGAAACAGGAUCAUGUAGUUGCGACCGACGAGAAGACAAAAAUCGAAGACAUGCAGAGGGACGAAGCUGCUAAAAGAGCAGAAGAAGGCGUGGAUUGGCACCCAAGAUUGUUCCGGCAAGUCAAAGGUGGUCCAGGUGGCCCAGAGGAAGGUGAAGAAGAUUUGGACUGGAUCUUGAGUGCCAAUAUGUAAGUUUUGAAGACAAGACUGUCAGAAGGCCUAUGCUAAUUGAUCUCCAGUGACGGAGAAACCCCCGAAAAGCAAGUGGAGCAGAUCCUGGCAAUCGCCCCUAUUCUACCGGGUCAGAGACGAAAGAAUUCCAUACCGUCACAUCAUCGUCCAUCAUCUAUUGCCUCCAUAACCAGUCCCGAAACUUCACAAACCCUACCACCCAAAAUUCCAGCUGUACCUGCACCUAUACCCGAAGCUUCGCCUGCUCCUUCACAAGGAAGUGACGAUUUAAUAAAUUUUGGCCGGAAUGAUGGCGCCCCAAUCCAGUCCCAAACUGCCAAGUCUACCAUUCCAUCAGAUUUGCACCAAGAACAAACAAAGAAUCCUGGACAGCAGCAAAAAGAGCUUGAACGGACGCUCCGGGCUACCAGCAAAUCCCCGGACAGAAGUCGAGGCUCUUUGAUUGAUUUUCACGAUGACAUCAAGAAGGCUCUCCCUUUGGUAGAAAACAAGAAGAAUGACGAUAAAACACAAUCAUUAGUUAGGGAGAAUACAGAUACCAAAAGUCUUGAUGAGUUCGUUGAUGCCGAAAGCUGAGCGGGGUAGGCAGGUAUUUAGAAAAGGGGAGUAUGGGAGACGGCUCUAGGAUCAACACGAGGGAACCGAACCGGUGACUUGCAUCACCCUUGAGAGUGACGCGAAUUAAAGCGAGUAAUAUCUGAAGCGAGUGUGAUGGGGAUAACGUAUUAAUGAGG